AGCGUCAUUAUCGAAGGACCAUGAGAGAGUAGGAAUCUUUUGAGUCAAGCCGUAAGUCAAGAUGAGUGUCGGUCCUGCAGGUGUCGCCGAUCUGUUUUACUUACUGGAAUCGAAUAAACUUGGGGAGGUCGAAGAGACCAAAAAAGUAUUCCAUGAUCAUUUCUUAUGCACAAAAGACAAUUGGCUGGUAAAUGGGUUGUUGGAUUAUUAUCUUUCUACAAAUUCUUCGAGGACAGCAGAAGUAUUAGCAGGUGUACGAGAUCCACAUGAUAAACAUCUGUUAGAUCGUUUGUCAGACAUUCUUUCAAAACCUGGCAAUAGUGGACAGAGAUUACAUGCGCUCACAUUGCUUGGGCAUAUAGCCAGACGUCAGCCUACUUGGUUGUACAAGCUAGCCAGUCAUGCUUUAUUCAGAGAUCUACUCAAAUUACUUAAGGUGGAGACAGAUAUAUUACCACUUAUGAGUGCCCUUCUUCUGUUAGUAAUGUUGUUACCAAUGUUACCUGCUGCUCUAGGGCCAUAUCUGCCAGAAAUAUUUGAGGUAUUCGGCCGCUUGGCCUCUUAUUAUCAUCAUCAUCAAUCCUUACUUUCUCCUUCUACCCCUUUUACUUCAACCACAGUACCAAAUGUCAUCGACAAGGACCAUUUGUACCUCAUACAUUUGCAGGUAGGAUUAUACAGCUUAUUUCAUAGACUGUACGCGAUGUAUCCUUGCAAUUUUAUAUCAUACCUGAAGCAACAAUACGUUCAGCGUGAUCAAUUGGCUACAUUUACUCAUACUAUUAGACCAAUGUUGGAUUCUGUGCGUAUGCACCCUUCUCUUGUUACAGCAUCUAAGGAUGCAGAAAUUUCAGCCACUAGGUGGAAAAAAAUGGAACAUCACGAUAUUGUGAUAGAAUGUGGUCGUUUUACAUUAGACAAAUGUCGGGAGGAAAUUUUAGGAGUAGUUAACUCUCGGUGCACUCCACCUCUUGAUCAAUCUUCCAUCACUUGCGCGCCGAUAAACAUUUGUGGAGGAGUAACGACCGUGGAGAAUAGUAAUGGGGAAGAUGAUGCGUUUUGGUCACCGAGCAUGACAGUGCCACCGCAUAGCCCGGCACAAAACGCAUCUCAUGAGCCACGUUCUGCUCCGCCGACGCCUAAUAACAAUAAAAGUGGUACUUCCCCGCCCGAGGCUGCUAUAGAAGCUACCCCCGAAACAACUCCUGUUAAGGAUUUACGAAAAUUAUCAAUGAGACAAGCGCCUCUGGGAUCCAGCGCAGUGCGUGCUCUGAACGCGUUGGGCAAUGGCACAUCUUCUCGGCCAUCAACGCCGACCUCUGUAAACUCUGGAAUAAAAAGUGCAGACAUUGCAGGGAAUACACAUGGAUUUCUUUCAAAUAGACUAAGUAAGAUAAUGGUAGACAGACAACAUGUUUUUCAGUCGCAAAAAUCAUUGAGUAAUAGCGAAGAAAAUGGAAGACUCUUAGAAAUGGCUAUAAGUCAAAACGGGAAGAAUGAUUCUUGGCAAGAAGAUCAAGAGGUAUUGGAGAUUGUCAGUUCACAUGGAAAUGGAGCAGUCGAAAUGCCAAAGUAUGAAGCGCAAUCUGAAGCACGAAGCGAGAGGAACACGUAUGGCACUCUAUCCCAUUUAUCGCAAAAGAUUUAUCUUCGACUGUACUCCCAAUGCCAUUUCCCAAUUGAAGAUCCAAAUUCAAACGUAACGCACAAAAUUCGACACUCCAGAUCUUGUCCGGACAUGGAAAUGCAGAAGAAAUGUUAUAGCGAAGACGUGACGGAUCAAGCAAAGGGACGCGAGGAUACCGGCAGUCAAACGUGUGAUUUAUUUCCAUACGAGCAUCUGCUGCUAGGAAUGUUAGAUCAGAACAAUCAAAACUUUAGUCAAGAGAGUUCGGAUUCGAGAAUGUCACCAAUCAGUAUGCUCGAUCGAUAUAUCGAGGCUUGCACGAGAACGAAUAGCUUCUCUAGUAAAACGAGAACAAAUGGUACCAGGCAGAAACAAAAAAAGAAAGGGGAGGAGGAUGCGGAAGAAGACGUAGCAGAAGACGAUGGUAUAGAUCCAACUUGUGCUAAUCAGUCGCUCCAACUCAUGCAAAUGCAACUACAAUUCGAACGGCAGCGACGGGAAAUCCAUGCUGAGCGUAAUCGACGUCUGCUCGGUAAAUUAAGAGACUCACGAGCUUCGGAAGAGGAAAUUUAUACAUUAUUUGUCUUACAGACUGAGCGUUUAAAAAUGAUCGAAAGAGAAGUGGAAGAAUUGAAAAAGCAAUUGGAGCUUAAUAAGAGGGAAGCCCAUCAGGCUGAAGAACAAUAUAAAGAAACUAUGCAUCAUUGGCAAACUAAAUGCGUCGAAGAACAACGACAAAGCCAUGCGUUCAGAGAUCGCCUAGAAAAUCUAGAAUUGGAAUUAAAAAACGAACAAAAGAAGACGACUGAAUCGCAGCAACAACUUCGUUCUGUCGAGGCGGAACUUUUCAACGCAGGACAUCAGCUUAAGGCAGCAUUGAAGGCUGCGGACCGUGGCAAAGAACUGGAAAACAUUGUAGAUACUAUGCAGAAAAAGUUUGUGCUUUUAGGAGAGGCGCAAUUAAGAUUAGAAGAAAACACAAGUACUCUCUCACCGACAACCAAACAAGAAACGGCACAGAUUCAAAAAUCAUGUACAGAAGAGUUAAACAAUACUCGGCGACAGUUGGAAUCACGAUCGUCACAUUUGGAAGCCCUGAAAGCACGCUUGAGUGAAUUAGAAAAUAAAGACGCGCGUAAAGAGACGCAACUGGUGAAUCUGCAACGGCUCUUGCAAGAGACAAAGGAGCAACAUGCGUCUGAAUUGGAAGCCGUUGAAUCCAAGUAUCGGGCACAAGUGGAAAUCAAUCUUCUUCUAGAAGGCCGUAUACUUGAGCUUCAUGGUAAAUUGGAGACCGCGACGUAUUCCAACGCUUCGCCCAUAGGUAAUCCCGCUUCCUCGGCAUCGCCUAAGGAACGAUCUCCUCCUCUCUCAACCAGCUUAGCUUCGUCCAGCGAGGGCAGUCUCGCAUUUAUCCAUCCGGGCGCCGGGAUCAUCAUGAACGAUUGCUGCGACACCGCCACGGGUGAAAUACCUAAUUUACAAGCUAUGAUAGAACCUAUACCGAGUAGCAGUCAAACCACCUCACCGUUACGCUCCGUCACUCGACGAUCAUCGACGCCGAAACAAGAUUAACGCCACGGAAAUGUUUACUGCGAUGUGAGUCUCCCAUAUACCGCCGGCAGACAGUAUACGGGAUUAUUAUUGAAGAUUAUAUUUGCGAAUGCGCUGCGAUCAUUACUUAAUAUCGCAGUACGAAUGGAAAGAAAGUUAUUUGUAGCUUUUUAUCGAUAGAGUAGACGAGAUUCGUAAGGAAGUUGUGCUAAUCGGCUGAUUGCGAUCGAACAUGCAUACUAUGGCUGCGUUCAGCAGAUUCAACAGUUUUGCAACCGUUUUAUGAUUGUCUGCUGAGA